GCUAAUGUUCUCAAUUACCACGCUCCGUUCGCAGCGUUGUCGUCAUCUCGCUCGCUCUCCAGCUCUCCAGCUCUCCUCUUUCCGUCUCUUGCGGAUUCCCCCGCUAUUCCCUCCUCGUUGGAUGCAUCCGACCCCGCUAAUCUUCUCCUCGUUCUUCGAUCGAUAAGGUUUCCCGUAGCUCUACGGAAUCCGGAGGAUUUGAUUUUUAGGCUUCUGCUGCUGCAAUUCGCUGUCUUGUAGGAGUUUCGCGGCGCUUGGAUCUUGAAUUCCUGUCGCAGCUGCGUUGGUUUUGACCUGUAAAAGGAGUCACCAAGUGUUUUGUCGAUUUAGUGGUCCCCGAGGCUGCGGAUCUGUGAAAGACGCAGUUUUUGGUGGAGAUGAGAGGUUCCGUGUGAUUUCGUCAGUGAAAAAUGAGGCUCGAGGAAUCCCCGUGAAUGGAUUAGGGCUUCUUCCUGUCCUGUAAGUGGGGGUUCCUGAGCGUUCGAAUUUGGAUAUUUUUGACGAAUGUUGUUGGAGUUGCGUGUAUCUCUUCGUACGCUUCAUUUUGAACUUGCUCUCUAGGGUUAGCUUCGCGAUUGUGUCGGAUGUUUAAAGAACUGAGUACUUUUCACAAAGCUUUUGACUUUGCAGCGUAAAACAAGAAAAACUGCAAGAUUUGGUUUUGAAAUUGGUCGAAUUGUUCCUGUCGUGAAGAAAAAAAAAAUGCAGCAGAGGGUUCCUUCUUUUUGCACAUCUUGACUCGCUGUAGCUUUGAGGUGUGUGCAAGGAGAUGAUUGAGCAAUUCAUCAACUUUGUAAUCCGGCCUCCUAGGGCUGAUUAUAACCCAGACCAAUACCUAUGGGAACCAGAAUUCACACUUGCUGGCAGAAAAUAUAAACGUCUAGACUUGGAGCUCAAAAAUGGAAGAGGUCACACUCUCAAAUGUAGUCACUAUGUUCCCUAUUCUAUACCCGAAAACACUGCUCUUCCUUGCGUUGUAUACUGCCAUGGCAACAGUGGGUGCAGAGCAGAUGCAAAUGAAGCUGCCGUAAUCCUUCUUCCUUCGAAUAUUACCCUCUUCACUCUCGAUUUUUCAGGUUCAGGACUUUCUGAGGGUGAAUAUGUCAGCCUUGGUUGGCACGAGAAAGACGAUCUCAAAACCGUGGUCACUUAUCUCCGGACCAAUAAACAAAUUUCUUGUAUUGGACUUUGGGGCCGAUCAAUGGGUGCUGUUACAAGCCUUCUUUAUGGAGCAGAAGAUCCCUCUAUUGCUGGCAUGGUGCUGGAUAGUGCCUUCUCAAACUUAUUUGAGCUUAUGAUGGAGCUUGUGGAUGUCUACAAAAUCCGUCUUCCAAAAUUUACAAUCCGACUGGCUUUGCGGUAUAUGAGACGGGUUAUUCAAAAGAGGGCUAAAUUUGACAUAAUGGAACUCAAUGCUGUGCAGUCUGCACCGAAGACCUUUAUUCCAACAUUAUUUGGGCAUGCUUCAGAUGACAUAUUUAUUCAAGCUCGUCACUCAGAUAUUAUAUAUGAGGCAUAUGCAGGUGAUAAGAACAUUAUCAAAUUUGAGGGUGACCACAACUCACCCAGACCACAGUUCUACUAUGAUUCAGUUUCUAUUUUCUUUUAUAAUGUCCUGCGACCCCCACAAAUCCCUUCAAGUUCUUCGAAUAAGUUUGAAAGGUACUAUGAUCUGGGUGAUCUGAAGGUUGGUGCUGGAAAUGAGGAGAGUUUGCUAUAUGAAAUCAUCACUGGUCUUCGCACAGCUGGUAGUGAUGAAGCAUGCUCCUCAUCAACACCUGGAAUUCCUAACGUUGCAGGUUCAACUGCAAAAUCUGUUGUCGAAUUGUUAUCAGAAAGUGUAACUCAUCUAUCCAUUGCUAAUGACUUUGAUUUCCUUGUUGACGAAGAUAACACAAUUAUCAAAAUAGAGAGUGACACUAAUGAUGGAUCCAGUGUUCAGGCUAAAAGGACUGAAUUGAACGAGGAAUGCUGCUCCUUUUCGAGCUCAAAUAGGGAGAGUUGGGGGAGAUGUUCUUCUUUAGGUGGAGAUAGCGAUAAGUCAUCCUCAGUGGAACGCACUGGAAGAUCAAAUAGCAAACAUCAGACGACACUGAGGCUCCUAGCGACGCCGCUCAGACGCAUACGAAGGAGAUCAUCUCCAAAAUCCAAGAACAAGAAAGAAGGCACCUCAGUAGCCAACAAACCAAAGCGCAAAAAGAAGCUAGAGAAAAAGGAAACAUUCGGCCAGCGGCUACAUCUUUGCUUCCUGGGGCUAACCAACCACAGACGACAUCGAUCGACCUGACCUGCCCUGACCUUUGCUUAAACAUGUAUCACACCAACAUAAAAAAGAAAAAAUUAUGGUGUUGGCGGCUGUAGUUUACUAAUUAGAAGGCUGUGGUUAGUGUUAACGUAUAACAUUGCCUGUAGGAUUUUGUUGGUUUGGCAAAGUGUGAUUAAAGCUUUAGCAUUUUGUUCCUAUUCUAACACUGCUUAGCAGAGGCUGUGGAAGUUGAUCAGUGGAUGGUCAUGAGAAUGUGCUGCUGCUGAGCCAUUAAUUGGAAAGAUCUCAUGUUUGAAAAUAAGAUGGGGUUUGAAAUAUUAUGAGAUAAA